AUGCCCCAUGGAUCAAGGAGGUAUUUCAACUUCAAUGACAGUGAAAUUGCCCAAGUGAAGAAGGCGGGUGACUCCAAGAAUCUCAUGGUCUUAAUGAACACCAAUCAGGAUCACUACACAUUUGUAGCAAACAUGGCAGCAGGGAUUAAGUCCUAUGAGACCAUCAAUGAACCCCCCGCCAAACCCCCGCUGUUUUGUGCUCUUGGACGUCUGAUAGGUCUUCUAGCUCCUGAUCCGGCCGAUUUUAGGCGAUUUCGGACCGUUCUGUAUUUCAACUUCAAUGACAGUGAAAUUGCCCAAGUGAAGAAGGCGGGUGACUCCAAGAAUCUCAUGGUCUUAAUGAACACCAAUCAGGAUCACUACACAUUUGUAGCAAACAUGGCAGCAGGGAUUAAGGUAUUUCUCCAUGAUCCAUCUGUCCACCCAGACGCUGGCUCCACCAUUGUGAUGGUGGCAUCCGGCUUCUCCACAUAUGUCUCCAUGAAAAAAUAUGAGUAUGUCUACCAACCGCUUCCCUACAUGGCGUUUGAUCACGUGGACUGUGUGGACACAACUAGUCCCAAGUUUGUGAAUCCUCUCAAGUACUACUCCCCUUACACCUUUCACCAUUGCGUCAUGGAGUGUGUCCAGACCAAGGCCUUCGACCAGUGUGGAUGUGUCGGACCUUCUGAUCCACGGGGUGGUCCUUUGUGUUCAUUGACCAGAGAGGAUAGUUGUUACAAGCCCAUUCUUGAUGCAGAGUCCAGCAAAGCUAACUUCCUGGAGGGAUGUGGGUGUGUCAGCGAGUGCAAGUUUGACAGUUACACUGCCCAGGUGUCCUCUAGCUCAUUCCCAGCAAAGGUCUGGAUCAACCACCUCCUGAAGACCAGAGGGGCACAGGACAAAGAGGCCAUGACAGAGAACUUCGUGGUACUGAGAGUGUUCUACGACCAGAUGAUGGUGACAACCAUCACACAGCAACCUCAAUACACAGCAGCCUCGCUUUUUUCGAAUAUCGGGGGUCAGAUGUGUCUGUGUCUUGGAGCCAGCAUGCUGACAGUCGCAGAGAUCGCGGAAUUCCUGGUGUUCAUCACCCUCUUCCUCUUGGACAAAUGUAGAGGAAGAAAAGCUCGUAACAGAAUCAGCAACUGGUAGACAAAUUGAAGGCAACAAACAUGAGGAUAACCAUCGAAUAACGAAUCCAGCCAGUCUAAUGGGUCCUCCUCACACUAUUGCAAGACUGAUUACUGACGAAAGGAUAGCUUUGUUUGAAUACAUGUGAUUUCUUUCAGCCUCAGUAAAGGUAGAAUCAGAUCUGUAUUUGUUACAGAUUAGUUUUAAUUCAUCACAAUAGCGUUGUGAACAAUACAUAUACACAGUACACGUUCUGAUUUGCAUUGGUUAUAACCAUGAUCUUUGAUCCUGAUUUUUUUCUUUCAACCUUACCAGUACUAUUUUCUAUUUGGAAUAAUAAUUCAACAUCUUUUGUACAAAUUCCAAAAUGAGUAAAGAUAAUAUUUUCUUGGCAUUUUUA